CUGCACAUCUCUCCUCAUCCUGAGGCUUCACGCCAGAUAUUUAAUCCUUAAUUCGCUCCUAAAUCCGCGUUCGUCGCGUGCGCUGUUUUUCUGCAUUGCCAAGACAACCGCUGAGCUUUUGCCUUUGUCCGCUGGAGUAAUUGGAAUGUCUGGCUCCAGGAAGGAGUUUGACGUGAAGCAGAUUUUACGAAUCCGAUGGCGGUGGUUCGGCCACCCAACCUCCCCUCCGCCCCACAGCCAGGCGCUUGGUGACUUAUUCAGCGGUAGGGGGGUCGAGUGUACGUCAGAUAGUGCUGGAACACCCGUUCACAGAGGGGCUAACAAUGCCAGCACCGGUACCAGCCGCAGUUCAUGCAGUAGCAACAACAGAAAGUUUUUGCAGUCGGCAAGCCACGCCGAGUCCUUAUCGGCUUCAAUAUCUGCUUGUACUCGGUCCUUUAGCCAACAGGACUGUCGGAGUGUAUCGGCGCUACCCUUGGUCCCUACCUCCCAACCCCUGGAGGUCUUAGAGCUCACGAACGAAGGGGUCGCGCCGUCACAGCCGAAAUAUUCGGAAGGACCAGAAGCUGAGGAACUCCGUCAAGAGGGGAAUAACGACUCAAGCUCUUACAGGAGCUCUAACAGCAGCCAGACUGUGUCCUCAUGCCACACCAUGGAGCCCUGUGCACCUGAGGAGCUGUUCCAAGCGAUGGGCCAUGCUGAGCACACCUUCCGCCGCAUGGAGAGCUACCUGAGACACAAGCAGCUGUGCGACGUGGUGCUGCUGGCCGGAGAGCGCAGGAUCCCAGCGCACAGACUGGUCCUGUCCUCUGUGUCAGACUACUUUGCUGCCAUGUUCACCAGAGACGUGAGGGAGGCCAAGCAGGGGGAAGUGAAGAUGGAGGGGGUGGACCCAGAUGCAUUGUGGGCGCUGGUGCAGUAUGCGUAUACAGGUCAGCUGGAGCUACGGGAGGACACCAUAGAGAGCCUGCUGUCGGCGUCCUGCCUGCUGCAGCUCCCAGCCGUGGUCCAGGCCUGCUGCUGCUUCCUCACCAAGCAGCUGCACCCGUCCAACUGCCUGGGCAUCCGCUCCUUCGCCGACGCCCAGGGCUGCCAGGACCUGCACCGCGUGGCGCACGGCUACACCAUGGAGCAUUUUCUGGAGGUGAUAAGGCACCAGGAGUUCUUGCUGCUGCCGCCUGGUGAGAUCCAGAAGCUACUUUCUUCUGACGACAUGAACGUGCCAGAUGAGGAGACCGUGCUCGCCGCCCUGCUGGCCUGGGUACAGCACGACAGCACCACGCGCCAGCAGCACCUGCCCCAGCUCCUGGCACACAUCCGCCUGCCCCUUCUGCCUCCUCAGUUCCUGGCGGACAUGGAGUCGAACCCGCUGCUCCGGGAGAGCAUGGAGUGCCAGCGCCUGGUGAUGGAGGCCAUGAAGUACCACCUGCUGCCCGAGCGUCGCCCGCUGCUCCAGAGCCCCCGCACCCGCCCCCGCAAGGCCACCGUGGGGGCGCUGUUCGCUGUGGGGGGCAUGGAUGCCACUAAAGGAGCGACGAGCAUCGAGCAGUACUGCCUGCGCAGGGACUGCUGGACACAGGUGGCGGUGAUGAGCGGGCGGAGGCUGCAGUUCGGCGUGGCCGUGCUGGAGGACCGCCUCUUUGUGGUGGGGGGACGCGACGGACUCAAGACCCUCAACACCGUGGAGUGCUAUAACCCCCGCAGCAGGAGCUGGAGCGUCAUGCCCUCCAUGUCCACCCACAGACACGGCCUGGGCGUGGCGGUGCUGGAGGGGCCCAUGUACGCGGUGGGCGGCCAUGACGGGUGGAGCUACCUGAGCACAGUGGAGCGCUGGGACUCGCAGGCGCGGCAGUGGAGCUUCGUGGCCAGCAUGGCGACUCCCCGCAGCACGGUGGGCGUGGCAGUGCUCAGCGGCAAGCUGUAUGCGGUGGGCGGGCGGGACGGCAGCUCCUGUCUCAGGUCGGUGGAGUGCUUUGAUCCCCACACCAACAAAUGGAGCGGCUGCGGCCAGAUGGCCAAGCGGCGCGGCGGGGUAGGCGUGGCCACCUGGAACGGCUUCCUGUACGCCAUCGGGGGCCAUGACGCCCCCGCCUCCAACCUGGCCUCGCGCCUGUCAGACUGCGUAGAGAGGUACGACCCCAAAACGGACACCUGGACGGCUGUGGCGCCCAUGAGCAUCAGCAGGGACGCUGUGGGGGUGUGUCUCCUCGGCGACCGCCUCUACGCCGUGGGCGGGUAUGACGGACAGGUUUAUCUCAACACUGUGGAGGCGUACGACCCUCAGACCAACGAGUGGACGCAGGUUGCGCCGUUGUGUCUGGGCCGGGCCGGGGCCUGUGUGGUGGCAGUGAAGCUGUAGCCGCCAGCAGGCCUCUUCCUCUGAGCUCUGAACUGAACGGGUCCCUCUGCCCAAAGGGAGAGAACAGGCCUCCGCCCCCUUCCUCCCUCCCCCCUCCCCCCUCCCCCCGCCCCCCUCCCCCCUUUGGUUAUCUGCGCUGAAACUGCUGGGUCUGAAAGCGCUUUGCUCUGGCCUUCAGGGCUCAUAGACUGAAUGUAAUUGGCUUUCUGGUGUUUUGGUCAGUAAUUAGAAUGGGAGAUGAAUGAUGCAGUGGAGCCGCCUGACCCGAUUCAUCCACCUUCCGGUGCGUCUCAGGAUCAGGGGAGGUAUGGAGGUGGGCUACACACCACCACCCCCCCCCCACCCAAAAGAUGUGUUUUCUGUAAGAGAGAUGCCAACACACACUAAGCACAGACACUACCUUCUCUCCUGCUGAUCUCUGCAGCCAGUCACUGGAUGUUCUCACGGUGUCCCGGGCCCAGCCAGAUCCGCUUUGUUUCUGAUAGUGAUGUAAGAAAUGUUGUGAAAGGGGACGACUAGAGGUGAGCUGGUCCCUUGUUCUGCCCUGGGCCAUUUUGCUUUGGUGUUGGGGUACUAAUGUGUCAAACGUACAUGGGAUUGCUGUAAUUGGUGCGCAGUACCAAGACGGACGUAGCCAUGUGCUAAGGGCUGAGAUGUUGUGGUUGCGUUUAUCAUUUUGUCAUGUGUUUGUUUUAUUGAUGUGUUGUUUAAAUAUGUGUAAUGACCGUGUCCCUGUUUCUGAAGUGAUGUACAGGAUGGUGUUUGUGAACAAAAUAUCUGAGCGAGGCCCAGCAGACAUGCCUCAUGGUUGUGCCCCGACCCCCCCACCCCCCCACAGUUUCACUACUUCCUGUUGUGCAACUUACGGAAAUACAGUGGUACAGUGGGAAACCUUGUAGACCCACUCGAUUCCACUCCACACCACUCCAGCCCACUUAUCCCUACUCCAGCCCAUUCCACGCCACUCUACUCCACUCUACUCCAGCCCAUUCCACUCCACACCACUCCACUCUACUGCAGCCCAUUCCACUCCAUACCACUCCAGCCCACUUAUCUCUACUCCACUCCACUCCACUCUACUCCAGCCCACUCUACUCCAGCCCAUUCCACUCCACACCACUCCACGCCACACCACUCCACUCUACUGCAGCCCAUUCCACUCCACACCACUCCAGCCCACUUAUCUCUACUCCACUCCAGCCCACUCUACUCCAGCCCACUCUAUUCCACUCUACUCUAGCCCAUUCCACUCUACUCUAGCCCAUUCCACUCUACUCUAGCCCAUUCCACUCUGCUCUAGCCCAUUCCACUCUAAGAUACACCAAAAAAUUAUUUUAUAAUUUAUGCUGUUUGUACAGUACAACCCAUUUGUAAGCACAGGUGUAGGAAUCUAACCCAAAUUUAGUAAUUUAAAAAAAUGGUUCCUUCACAAAUAUACUCUGCAUCUUUAAAAAUACAUUAAAUAUUCAAAUAAUAUUUAUUUAGUUUUCCUUGACUUUAUAGUAUAAAUUGGCUAAUAAAAGGAAUUUUAGUUGGAAAUGUAA